AUGGCGCUUCCCAAGGGCGUACGCUACUUGGCUGGCGCCACUAUCUGUGUGUUUUUGUAUCUGUUCGUUCAGAUUCUCAGGACGCCCGGUUCCGAGACGCCAAUACAGAUUCCGAACAAGCUUCCGACCAACCAACUUGGGGAUUGGGAUCACGAUCCUCAAUUAGACCCGUCUGGCGAACCCCCCGAGCCACUGCGACGAGUUGACGGUGAUAACUAUGCCCCUAAUAACCCGAAAAGCGCACGCAUCAACGCCACAAUUCUCAGUCUGGUCCGCAAUGAAGAACUCGAGGACAUGCUUCAGAGUAUGCACGAUCUAGAGCGCACAUGGAAUCACAAGUUCAACUACCCGUGGACCUUCUUCAACGAUAAGCCAUUUACCGAAGAAUUCAAAAAGGCUACGCGCGCAGCCACCAACGCCGAAGUGCGGUACGAGCUGGUUCCCGCUGAGCACUGGAAUGUGCCAUCGUGGAUAAACAUGGACCUAUAUCAAGAAUCUGUAUCGCUGUUGGAAUCGCUUGACGUACAAUACAUGAGCAAAAAGUCGUACCACCAAAUGUGUCGGUGGAACAGCGGCAUGUUCAGCGAACAUCCUGCAUUGAAAGACGUGCAGUACUACUGGCGAGUUGAACCCAACGUGCACUUCUUCUGUGAUGUUGACUACGAUGUAUUCGCAUGGAUGCAAGACCACAACAAAACCUACGGCUUCAACAUCAACAUCUACGACAGCCCAGACAGCGUCGCAACGCUCUGGCCCGAAACAAAGAAGUUCAUCCAAGACAAUCCGGACUACGUCCACCCAAACAACGCCCGAGAGUGGCUCGAAGACAGCAAGCGCCGCCCCGAAAAUAACAAAAAAGCCCACGGCUACUCAACCUGCCACUUCUGGUCCAACUUCGAGAUUGGCGACUUGAGUUUCUGGCGCAGCAAGAAAUACCGCGAUUACUUCGACCAUCUCGAUCGCGCUGGCGGCUUCUUCUAUGAGCGCUGGGGCGAUGCCCCUGUCCACAGUGUUGCGCUAGGUCUUUUCGAAGACAAGAAUAAGAUCCAUUGGUUCCGCGAUAUCGGAUACCAGCACAUUCCCUUUUUCAAUUGUCCGAACAAUCCAAAGUGCUCGGGCUGCGUCACGGGUCGCUUUACUGACGGUGAGAAGUGGUUGAAUCGUGAGGACUGUCGGCCACUGUGGUUCAAGUAUGUGGGUAUGGAGUGA